AUGCAAAGUAGCAUCUCCAUAGUUGAUGACAAAUAUGAUGAUGAUGGUCGCAUAAAACGAACAGGAACAUGGUUAACUGCAAGUGCACAUAUAGUGACUGCUGUAAUAGGAUCUGGAGUGUUGUCUUUGGCAUGGGCAGUGGCUCAAUUGGGAUGGAUUGGAGGGACUAUUGUUCUCAUACUCUUCUCUCUUGUCACUCUCCUCACUUCUAUUCUCACGGCUGAUUGUUAUAGGUAUCCUGAUCCUAUUCAUGGAACCAGAAACCCUACCUACAUGGAUAUGGUCAAAAAUAUUCUAGGAGGAGUUAAAUACAAAUUUUGUGGAUUGGCUCAGUAUACAAAUCUUGUGGGCUGUACCAUUGGUUACACUAUCACAUCAGCCAUUAGCAUGGUGGCCAUAAAAAAAUCCAACUGCUUUCAUAAGUAUGGCCAUGAAGCAAACUGCAAUAUAUCCAAUUAUCCAUAUAUGGUCAUCUUUGGAGUUACAGAGAUUUUACUAAGCCAAAUUCCAAAUUUCCAUGAACUUUCAUGGCUCUCUAUUCUUGCUGCAGUUAUGUCUUUUGGUUAUGCUUCCAUAGGUGUUGGUCUCUCCAUAGCCAAAAUUGCAGAACCAGGGCACCAUGUCAAAACAGGCCUUACAGGGCUUGUUGUUGGAGUUGAUGUGACAGGCACAGAGAAGAUGUGGAAUACCUUCCAAGCAAUUGGAAACAUAGCUUUUGCAUAUGCUUUUAGUAACGUAAUUGUUGACAUACAGGACACAUUAAAAUCAAGCCCACCAGAAAAUCAAGCCAUGAAAAAAUCAGAUAUUACUGGAGUCACAAUCACCACAUUCUUUUAUGCAUUAUGUGGUCUCCUAGGCUAUGCAGCAUUUGGAAACAAUGCACCCGGAAACUUCUUAACUGGAUUUGGUUUUUAUGAACCAUAUUGGCUUGUUGAUAUUGGUAAUCUUUUCAUCAUUAUUCAUUUGGUGGGAGCAUACCAGGUAUUUGCACAACCUGUAUUUUCUCUUGUGGAAAGUUGGGGUAGAAAGCGUUGGCCACAAAGUAAAUUGAUGACAAAAGAAUAUCAUAUUGGCACAAUUAAAUUGAAUAUGUUCAGAUUAAUAUGGAGGACAACAUAUGUGAUAAUUGCAACAUUGAUUGCUAUGAUAUUUCCAUUCUUCAACAGCAUUGUUGGUUUGCUAGGAGCUUUGUCAUUUUUUCCCUUAACUGUGUAUUUUCCAAUAGAGAUGUAUUUGGUACAAGCUAAAGCGCCAAAAUAUUCUCCUAUAUGGAUUGGGAUGAAAUUUUUAAGUAUGUUUUGCUUGAUUGUCAGUCUUGUUGCUGCAGUUGGAUCAGUUGAAGGAAUCAUCAAAGACCUCAAGACCUAUAAACCAUUCAUGUCUAGUUAA